CACUCGCAGUGCUGAAUUGCAAGAAUGGGGUGUCAUCGGAUCCUCCUCCGCCUCCUCUGUUUCCUCUUUUUCUUACAUUCCUCCUCCCUUCCCUUUGCCUCGCCGCUUUGCCCUCCUGUCCAACGCGAUGCCUUGCUCCUCUUUAAGAAUUCCUUCCUGCUCAAUCGCAUGGCGUCGGACUCUUGUGAUUGGUACGGCCAUCCGAAGACGAACUCAUGGAACAAGAGCGUGGACUGCUGCUCGUGGGAAGGCGUCACUUGUGACAGCGUCACCGGCAACAUCGUCGAUCUCGACCUUGCUUGCAGUCGGCUUCGUGGCGCUCUCCAUUCCAAUAGCUCCCUCUUUCUCCUUCGCCAUCUUCAGAAUCUUAACCUUUUCGGUAAUAACUUCAUUGGCUCGCGCAUUCCGCCUAAUCUGAGUGUAUUUGCAGAAUUGACUCAUCUCAAUCUCUCUGGUUCGAGCUUUGCGGGUUGGAAAAUCCAGUCUUCACAAUGCUUGUUCAGAAUCUCACAGCAUUGAGAAAGCUUGUUCUUGAUAAGGUAAACAUGUCCAUGGUUUCACCAAAGUCCUUCGCGAAUUUGUCUUCUUCU